UAUACGCGGCAGAAAAACCCGCGUAUACCCUGUCGUAAUUUUGAAACGAAUGGCCAACCAUGAUGGUUGGGCUUCAACUUGAGGAACUGCCCAUUACAUAUAGUUGUUUUCUUUUCAAGCUGACAAGCCCAUAAACUGCUCUCGACCACUUUAACUCUCCAGAACCUCGGUCAGUAUUAAAUAAAAUCAUGUGUUUUGUAUGGCUUAGUUGUAGAGAAUGUUUCAACCUAUUGUUUUAUAACCAGGACCAAAGUAAUCACUGUAGCCAAUCUUCUGAAUGGACAAAGACAAUCAAGUGAAAUAAUCAAAAGGUGAAGCAAAUUCAUGUAACCUGCGCUCAGAGCGGAAAACUUGUGCCAGCAAGUCUUGAUUGGUCUAAAGUUAAGUUCUGAGUGAUUGCAAAAAUGGCACUAGUCUUUUUAAACUAAUCAUUAACCGUAGGAAUGCGCAACCAACUACUUUCGGCAUUCAAGCGUCAACAGCUCUGACAAUUUAUUAGGACCUCUGAAAGCUUCCAACAGAGCGUGCUAAUUUUUUUAUUGUGCCUUUUAACAGCUUGGUUUGUUACUCAACCACGCCAAAAAGUUGAAGAAGGAAGCAAAUCUGGACCUCAAGUUGUUCACGUCUUGUGCAUUAUUCGUUUGCAACAUGUGGGAUAAAAUUCCUGCUAACAAUGUUGAAGAAGUGAAGAAGACACAGAUUGAGAAACUCACCAAGAAGUUAAAAGGCCUCGAUGAGCAGUCACAGAUCAUUUAUUUGUCGUGCCAAAGAGCUCAGCUCGCUCAGACGUAUGGUGUUAUUACUGAGGACUUUGACCAGCUGUUAAGUGGUAUAAGCAAUCUUGUAGUCUCAUCCAUGCAGAGCAGCCUAGAAAUUUAUUCGAGUUGGCUGGAGAAUCUGCUGUCUAAGACCUCUCAUCAAGUCAGAGUACUGUUGAAAUCAGCGACCAUGUCACGCCAGGAAACAGAGAAGAGAAUGAAAAGAGUAAUGGAUAGGAUGGUAGAAUUGGAAAGUUCACAGGAUCGUAUUUUUGACGAGCUCAGUGAAUGUCAGUUACAGGUGAUAAAAGAGAUUCUUGAAAAACUUGCGAACUACUUUAAAUCAGCGGAAACUUCCGAAAGAUUCAGCAAGUGGUCUCCUUCUCAAGUGCCCCAAGCUGGUGAGACGUGGGAGAAAACUAAGAGCGAAGUGUUGAAGUGCAUUUCAGAAAGAGCCCAAAAGUUUGUUCAGGAAUGGGAAGAUCAGGAAAAUCAUUUUGCUAAAGGCGAGGUUUCGCUUCUCAAGUAUUGUACUGAAAAGUAUGAUAUCAUGGAGGACGAAAUCCGAAAAGUGGAAGAAGUUGUUCUUUGUGACGAAACUGAGCAAGAACGUCCAACGCAUGAGCCCUCUAGACCGCCAAGAUCUCUAAAGAAGUCGUCCAAAACGUCCAUAGAUGUCACCACUUCAGUAUGGUUUCGUCAAGGUCUGGCCUCGAUCGUAAUUGGUGCGCCGUUCAUUGGCAAUCUUACGCAAAAAUUCAAGCAGAACGUCCAAUACAGAAAGAAACUUCAGAGUUACAUCAAUGAUCCAUUCCCUUACAUGGGAAAGAGGUCUAAGAAGUGUCUUAAAAUCAUUGCCAGUGAGGACAGGCUGCUUCCGUUCAUAACCGGACAGUUAGGAGAUGCAGUCCAAUUCCUCACAGAGAUCAAGACAAAGAUACCACGACUGAGAGAAGGCGAUAAAAAGUUAUAUCAUCAGCUGCUCACCGAGUCUAGGUGCAAACUCGAAACCCAGGGGAUUUACCAACCGGUCAGCCUGCAGUUGGAGAAUUUAAAACGAGACAUUACAGUGUUCAUCAUCAAAGAGAUCAGGAAAUCAGAUUUCUCAAGGGGAGAGUUGAAGUGGAGCGAAGACGAGAAAUCCUUCAUUGGAAGAGGAACCUUCUCGACCGUGUACCCUGGAGUUCUUUCUCGCAAAGGGAAACCAGAAAUUAAGGUGGCACUCAAGGUGUACAACAAUCCUUUAGAAAGUCACAACGUGUGGCAUUUUAUUGACGAGGAAAGGGCGCUGAGAGAAUUGCGUCACCCAAACAUUGUAGAGUUCUUUGGAACCAAUCUUCAACAGUCAUUGUCUGGAACCAAAGUCAUGGUCAUCUUAGAGCUCUGUGAGUGCUCCCUUAAAACUCACAUCAUGUCUCAUCCUGAGAAUGCCCCUGCCCGCUCAGAAGACGCAGCUGUAAGGACAAAUGUACUGCUCUGGGCUAUCCAAAUUCUUGAUGCGUUGUGCUAUGUUCAUGACCAAACAUUUGUCCACCGAGACCUAAAACUGGACAAUUUAUUGUUGACAGAUAAGAAUCAAGUGAAACUGACCGAUGUUGGCGUAGCGAAGCGUGAAAGAGAUCUAUCAGGUACAUUCUGCGGUACUCCACUUUACCUUGCACCCGAAGUCUUGGAUGGCCAUGUCUACGACAGCAAGGCUGACAUGUAUAGUUUUGGCAUCAUACUUUGGGAAAUGUGGUAUGCCAUGACAGCAUUUCAUGUCGACCUGGUAAGCCGAUCUCAGUUGCAGCUUUUGAAUGAUAUAAGAGGGGGACUGCGCCCUAGCCAGAUAGACGGUAAAAUACAGUCUGUGACAACAUACUGA